CACAGUGACAGAUCCAGUACAUAGACUCGAGCAAGUUGACAAGAGGACGUUUUCCGUCAUGAGUCGAGAUAAGGUGGCAUAUGCUUUGCCAUUGACAUGAGACAUAUGGUGCUUUCGGUCGAACAUUAACUUUAAAAAGUUAUUUUCUAACCUCGUUUCGGACGCUUUCUUUAAAUUUAGCUAAACAUAUUAUACUAAACGCGCACGCAUAUGGUUUGCUGCUAAGUUAGUUGCGAUUCUCAUUAGGACAUAGCUUUAGUUCAACCAAGCCAGGAUGUACUAUGAAGACAACGCAAAUUCUCUCAAGCCACAUUAUGGAUCCAUCCAGGAUGACGAGAGGCUCUCGGCCGAGGAGAUGGACGAAAGGCGCCGGCAGAACAUCGCCUACGAGUACCUGUGUCACCUGGAGGAGGCCAAGCGGUGGAUGGAGGCGUGUCUGGAGGAGGACCUGCCCCCCACCACAGAGCUGGAGGAGGGGCUGAGGAACGGCGUCUACCUGGGCAAACUGGCCAAGUUCUUCGCCCCCAAGACGGUCUCCGAGAAGAGGAUCUACGACCGAGACCAGGCCCGCUACAAGCGCACAGGCCUCCACUUCAGACACACCGACAACACAGUCCAGUGGCUCAGAGCUAUGGAGUCAGUGGGCCUGCCCAAGAUAUUUUAUCCCGAAACGACUGACGUGUAUGAUCGCAAAAACAUGCCCAAGGUGGUGUACUGCAUACACGCGCUCAGCUUAUAUCUGUACAAGCUGGGCAUCGCACCACAGAUCCAGGACCUCCUGGGAAAAGUGGCCUUUACAGAGGAGGAGAUCAACAACAUGAGGAAGGAGCUGGAAAAGUACGGCAUCCAGAUGCCCACCUUCAGUAAGAUCGGGGGCAUCCUGGCCAACGAGCUCUCUGUGGACGAGGCCGCCCUGCACGCCGCCGUGUUCGCCAUCAACGAGGCGGUGGAGCGCGGCGAGGCUGAGGGCACCAUGGGGGCCCUGAGGAACCCCAACGCCCUGCUGAGGAACACCAUGGACACCCUGGCCCAGGACUACCAGGACACCCUCAGCCUGGCCAAGGCCAGGAAGGAGGACCAGGCCUCGGGCAGGCGCUCGUCUGUGGCGUCGGAGGAGAGGGAUGUGUACGAGGAGCUGCUGACCCAGCAGGAGAUCCAGGCCAGCGUGGACCUCGUCAACCGUCAGGCAGCGGUGAGGCAGGUGAACGAGGCGGUCUCGGCCCAGGACGAGGCGUCGCUCCUGGCCGCUCUCCGUCUGCCGGCCCUGGGGCUGCUGGGGGUUCAGGAGGCCCACGCCCACUGGUACCUGGAGCACCUCUCCUCCCACCGCCAGCACAAGACCCAGGACUCUGGAGGUGCCGCGACGAUGGACAGGGAUGAGAUCCAGAGGCUGGUCAGCUCCUGUAACGACGUCGCCGAGGCCGAGACAAGAAAGCAGACGGCCGUGGAUGCCAUCAACGCGGCCAUUCGCCGCGGCAACGCCGAGGAGACGGCCGAGGAGCUGCUGAACCCCGAGGCGCGGCUGCCCAUCGUGUACCAGAGCGCCGCCAACCUGUACCAGGCCGAGCUCUUCAGCCUGCAGAUCCAGGGCACGCGGCAGGCCGGGCUGAGCCACGCGGAGCUGUGCGUCGCCGUGGAGAUGCUGUCGGCGGUGGCGGUGCUGAACGAGGUGCUGGACACCAAGGACCCCCAGGGCGUCACCGAGCAGCUGUGCGACUCCCCCCUGGGCUUCAGCAACAUGGACCAGGACAACUUGCACAGGUACGCUGACACCCUCAUCAGGCUCCGAGCCGAGGCGCUGGCCCAGGGACAGGAGUUCCUCACCUGGAACGACGUCCAGAAGAGCAUCGACAAGGUCAACCUCCAGGUGCACGAGGAGCACGAACGCAUCAUAGCCAUCGCGGAGAUCAACGAGGCGCUGAACUCGGGCGACCCUCUCCAGACCCUGGCCGCCCUGCUCCUCCCUACAGCCCAGCUGCAGGCCGUCAACCCCCCCACGGCCAGACACUACCACGACCUGCUGCUGAGCACCAAGCUGCAGCUCUGCAAGAGCUCUGGGGAUGAGUCUUCAGUCCUGUGGUUGGACCAGAUCCAAGAGGCCAUACACACAGCCAAUCAAAAUGAAGUGGAUGCUCUCUCCUUGGCCGGGGCGGUGGCGGACAUCAACAGGGAGGUGGCGGAGGGGGACUCCCAGGAUACCCUGCAGGCUCUGCAGGCGCCGGGCGCCGGGCUCCGAGGGGUGCUGCCGGAAUGUUCCGACGCCUACCAGGGCCAACUGGCCCAGAAACAAAACCUCAACACUACCUCAGCUCUGGGAAGCAGUGAGAGCGCGUGGGUGAGACACGCGGUCAAGGACGGCCACGAGUACUUCUACAACCUGGAGAGCAGGCAGGGGACCUGGGACCAGCCGGAGGACUUCCAGCACAACAGCAGCCAGCUCAGCAGAGAGGACAUCCAGAGCGUGAUUGGCCGAGUGACAGGGGAGUACAACAGGGAACAGUUGUGGUUGGCCAACGAGGCCCUGGUGACCCAGCUCCAGGCCCGGGUUAGAGGUUGCCUGGUGAGGAGAGCCCACACACAGAGACUGGAGUAUCUACGACAACAGGAACCUCGGGUGGUCAGGCUACAGGCUUCCUGGAAGGGCUACAAACAGAGAAAGGUGUACCAAGACAGAAAACAAGUUCUGCAGGGCAACGUCAUGUCCGUGGUGAAGAUCCAGGCCCUGGUGAAGAUGUGGAGAGCCAAAAGGAAAUAUUCCCAGAGACUGCAGUACUUCAAAGAACACGAGAAGGACGUGGUGAAGAUCCAGGCCUUCCUCAAGGCUAACAAAGCCAGGCACGACUACAGGACCCUCACCGGCGCCCAGGACCCCCCCCUCUCCGUGGUGCGUAAGUUUGUCCACCUGCUGGAGCAGAGCAAUCUGGACCUGCUGGAGGAGCAGGAAGUGACUCGUCUGCGGGAGGAAGUGGUCACCAAGAUCCGCUCCAACCAGCAGAUGGAGAAAGACCUGAACACGAUGGACAUUAAGAUCGGUCUGCUGGUGAAGAACAGAAUCACUCUGCAGGACGUGGUGUCCCACAGUAAGAAGAUGAACUCUAAGAAGAAUAAGGAGGAGCUGGCUGCAGGAGACAGGCAGGGCAUCAAGGGUUUGAGCAAGGGCAAGAGGAGGAAACUGGAGGCCUACCAGCACCUCUUCUACCUGCUGCAGACCCACCCCUUGUACCUGGCCAAGCUCAUCUUCCAGAUGCCCCAGAACAAGUCCACCAAGUUCAUGGACACGGUGAUCUUCACCCUGUACAACUACGCGUCCAACCAGAGGGAGGAGUACCUGCUGCUGAAACUCUUCAAGACCGCCCUGGAGGAAGAGAUCAAGUCCAAGGUGGACCAGAUCCAGGACAUCGUGACGGGGAACCCCACGGUCAUCAAGAUGGUGGUGAGCUUCAACCGGGGCGCGCGGGGCCAGAACUGCCUCCGCCAGCUCCUGGCCCCCACGGUGAAGGAGAUCAUCGAGGACAAGGCCCUGGGCAUCAACACCAACCCAGUGGACGUGUACAAGACCUGGGUCAACCAGCUGGAGACGGCUACUGGGGAGGCCAGUAAGCUGCCCUACGAGGUGGCCCCCGACCAGGCCAUGUCUCACCAGGAGGUCCGCGUCAAGCUGGAGGCCUCCCACCAGACGCUGCGCUCGGCCACCGACAAGGUCCUCAACUCCAUCGUGUCGUCCCUGGACAACAUCCCGUGAGUUCCAAGGGGCCGUUCACGUCCUCCGUUCCCUUUCCUCCCCCCCCCCCGUCAUCCAUCCUGGUCGCCAUCGCUCAUCAGACUCGACAGGAUUGGGGUGGCCUGCAGCGAGGUUUCAGCAGAGCCUGAAUGAGGUUUCCACCAUCGCCUCAAGUGUAACCCAAUGCUGCAGUACUCCAUCUUCUCCACUAGAGAGCAAUAUUGUCCUUU